GAGAGAGAGAGAGAGAGAGAGGAGGGCUUUAGAGGGUGCGCUCAUUGUUGCCUCAGAGUGAGCGACCAGCCAUAGUGUGUGCGCGCGCGUUUGGGCCUGACUGUAAUGACUAAAAGCAUCAGACGCCUCAGCUGUUGAUACAGCCCGAGUGUGUGUGUGUGCAAGAGAGGGAGAGAGAGAGAGAGAGCAAGAGAGCGCGUGAGCGAGCGAGCGAGCGAGGGAGUGUGAGAGAAGUGCAAAAAAGGGAAGAAGGCGGCAAAAAAAGGAAGGAUACCACAAGCAUGCUCUGCUGUAUAAGAAGAACAAAGCCGGUUGAGAAGACCGAAGAGGCUGACCAGGAGAUCAAGCAAGAUGGCACCAAACCAGAAGACAAAGCCCACAAGGCUGCCACCAAGAUCCAGGCGAGCUUCCGAGGACACAUAAUCCGGAAAAAAAUGAAGGAUGAUGACAAGGAGGAGGACAGUCCUGCUGCUGAGGCCAAGGCCGAGGAUAAUGAGGGAGAGAAGAAAGAGGAGAAAGCCACUUCUCCCACCGUAGAUAAACAAGACGAAGCUGCGAAGGAGGAGGAAAAGGCCAAAAGUCCCACUAACUCUCCAGCAGCAGAGGAAAGCAAGGCUGAAGCUCCUGCUACCUCUCCUUCAGAACCUAAAAAGGAUGUGAAGGAGGAACCAAAGGAAGCAGAGAAGCCUAAAGAAGCAGAAAGUGCAGACGUCGAGGCUGAGAAGCCCUCAGAGAAUGUAGAUGCAGAGAAGAAGGAGGAGGGAAAUGAGGAGGAGAAGAAGGCGGAAGCCAAACAAGCCGACGUGCCUGUCACUGCUAGUGAGACAGCUGAUUGUGAAGCUGAGGUGAACCAAACGCAAGACAAACCAGAUGCUGCAGAAGACUCCGAGCAGGCAGAGGGUGACGUUUCAGGGGCGGCGAACGAGGAGGACAAGGCCGAGUGUGCUUGAGAAGAACCGCCGUUGUAAUACUAUAACAUAAUUAAACGGUUGCUCUUUGCCCUCUGAUUGUGGAGACAGUCAGUUUUAAUUUGUUUGGUCCUAUAUAUUUUCUUUUGUGUGGCAAAAUGAUUUUCUUACAUCUUGGG